AUGUAUGGCGUGGAACCUGAGGACUCGACAAACGGCGAUUUGAGAGUCAACGCAGUACUGUAUCUCUACGUCUACACUGUAAAGAAGGAGGCCAUGAGCUCUCCGCCGCCGACUCCCGGCUCGGGCGGCGACCCGCUGCCCACCAUCUCGUUGGCCGUGGACCAGCAGCAGCAGCAGCAGCAGCAGCAACCGGCUCCUGACCCAGCCGCCCGCCGCCCCUUGCCCCGCCCGCACCCGGCCCUCACUCCCACGCCGCCUCUUGCGCGGCGCUCCCUCCGCCCCGCCCCGCCCCCGCGAGGCGGCGGCGCCGCCCUGCCCCCGGUGGAGGAGACGGCCCCAGCUCAGCGCCCGCCGCCCCCGAAGCGCCGCCCGCCCCCGCCCACCGCCAUGGAGGAGGCGCUGGCGCUGCGCGAGCGCCGGAGGCAGCUGGUGCAGCGGCAGAGCAGCGUGUGGACGCGCAGGCAGCACGCCAUCUGCGUGCGCCGCGCGCACAAGCGCUACGGCACCAAGGACCAGCCGCUCGUCAUCCUCGACGGCCUCAACAUGACCGUGCCCAAGGGCGUCAUCUACGGGCUGCUGGGCGCCAGCGGCUGCGGCAAGACGACGCUGCUCAGCUGCAUCGUGGGGCGGCGGCGCCUCGACUCGGGCGAGAUCUGGGUGCUGGGCGGGCGGCCCGGCUCCCGCGGCAGCGGCGUCCCCGGCCCGCGCAUCGGCUACAUGCCGCAGGAUCUUGCGCUGUACCAAGAAUUUACAAUUCGUGAAACCUUAUUAUAUUUUGGUUGGGUCAACUUCAUGACAACAAAAGAAAUUGAUAGAAGAGUAUCAUUUGCAGCAGCCUUGAUACAUGAUCCUGAACUGUUAAUUUUGGAUGAGCCAACAGUUGGUGUAGAUCCUCUCUUAAGACAAAAUAUAUGGGAUCAUUUAGUGCAAAUCACAAAAGGAGGGAAUAAAACAGUAAUAAUUACUACACAUUACAUCGAUGAAACUCGUCAAGCUCACACUAUUGCAUUAAUGAGAGGAGGGAAAUUUUUAGCAGAGGAAUCACCAACUGAUCUUCUUCGUACUCACAACAGUGACUCUUUGGAGGAAGUAUUUCUAAAAUUAAGCAAAAUCCAAAACAUUGGAAAGAGACGCAGGAGCAGUUUCAUGCAAGAAGUGAUGUCAGAUGUUCAAGAGCCAGUGUCGUAUGAUGUAAAUUCAGAAAUAAGUGGAGAAUAUGGUGACAAUGUGAGCCUGUCAAAUCGGGAUGUUGAAGUACAUACUCCUGGAGAAAGGACAGAUAUACCUCCCGAAGAGGAUCAACCAGUAACUUGCUCAGAGAGAAUGAAAAUAAUUUCACCCCAGAAAAUGAAAGCACUUUUAUAUAAGAAUUUCUUCCUUCUGGCAAUUAUUGCUCUCCUGCCAAUUUUUGAGACUGCAUUAUAUUGUCUUGCGAUUGGACCAGACCCUCAAAACUUGCAUAUAGCAAUUGCUAAUUAUGAGCUCAAUGAUACCUUGGAUGAAUGUGUUGAUUCACAUGGAUGUUUUGACGGCAUUUUAAGUUGCCGUUAUUUGCAGCAUUUACGGAAAAGACCUUUCAUACUGGACAAAUAUGCAUCUGAAGAUGAUGCUCUAUAUGCUGUGAAAAGAGGACAUGCAUGGGCUGCAUUGACAUUUGCAGCAAAUUAUUCUGAUUCUCUGUUCGAGAGGAUGGCAGAUGGCAGAGCAGCUAGUCCUGAAGCAGUUGACUUUGGAUCAGUACAAGUCACAAUGGAUAUGUCCAAUCAGCACAUAGGUCAAAUGAUGAAAAAGGACAUGUUAUUAACCUUUCAAGACUUUGCUGGGGAUAUUUUAACCUCUUGCAAUUACUCUGCACAAGCUGCUAAUGUUCCUAUCAGGUUCAAUACACCAGUGUUUGGGUCUAUUAACCCAAACUUCAGAGAUUUUGCUGCCCCAGGUGUAAUUCUUACGAUUAUCUUCUUUUUGUGUUUAGGCCAGACCGGUCUCACAAUGAUGAUUGAAAGAACUGAUGGAAUGUUGGAAAGAUGCUUAGUGUCAGGAAUAACACCAGUAGAAAUUCUCAUGUCACAUGUAAUUGUACAAUUUUGCCUUAUGGUUCUCCAAGUGGCAGCUGUACUGGUAUUCUCAUUUCCUAUAUUUGGCGUACCUAACUCCGGAAGUGUAUUUUGGCUGACUGUUUUAUGUCUCCUCACUGGAUUUUGUGGCAUGUGUUACGGUUUCUUCAUAUCAAUAUUUUGUGACAGUGAGAGAAGUGCAAGUUACAUAGGUCUUGGAAGUUUUGUACCUGUUGUAAUGUUGUGUGGUAUUAUCUGGCCAGUAGAGGGCAUGCACUACAUACUGAGGUACCUGAGUGUAGUCAUGCCUCUAACUCAGACAGUGGAAUCCCUCAGAACUAUUAUAACCCGAGGAAAGGGUAUGGAUGUUCCAAUCGUAUAUCAUGGCUACAUAUCAAUUUUUGUUUGGAUAACCAUUUUCCUUGGGGCAAGUGUACUCACACUUAAAUUCAAGAAGGGUUAGAAAAUAAUCACAAGAUUUGUGAAAAUCGCUUAAUCCAUAAGAAUGGUGCUAACCAUUCAAACUGCUGAAAUGAGUGCCAUACAAUCUUGCUAUGUGAUGUUCUAAAUCCACGCUGAGAGUGUCUCCAAAUUAAAAACUAAUUUGAAUUAUUUUUGUUUUCAAAUUCAAAUAUCCAGAUAUGUGGCACAUAUUCAAAUGACUUCUUUAAUAAGAACUAUUUAUACGAUAUGUAUCAGCAGCUUUAUUCAAUUAUGGUGCUUUGAGCACUGGUUGGUAUGUACAAAGCGAGUACAUGCAGUUAUUUAUGAAGUGAGACAUUUGGAAAUGAGAAAACGAACCCAUAUUAGUAAAUGACAUUUUGUCAUAAGCACGCUUGCCAUUUAGAUAAUGUGCAAUGGUGCAUAAUGAUGUCAACAAUUAUAUGAUUUGGAUGCUGCAGUUGGUCAUUAAUGGAUUCCUAAUUCUCAUCGAGUUUUACUGCAGAACUGAACCAAAGCUACGGAACUGAUGCUCAAAUUAUAUGCAGUAAACAUAUUAAUUUUUAUGCCUUUUAGUUUUUAACUAGAAAGAUUAUAUCGAGUAAUGUAAUUGAGAGAAAAAAAAUAUGUUCUUUUUGUUUCUUGUAUUAUGUAUUUAUUCCUGCUUAUGUAAUUAAUUAUAUUAUUGAAAAUAAACUUGGGUGUUCAACAUCAACAAUUAUCAAAGAAAUAUGAUGCAUUACCCAUAUCAUAUAACAGAACUGUUCUAGUAAUAUAAACUCCAGAAUUCUUAUUUUCUUCAGUAUUAUGCAAAACAAUUAGUAGCUUUCUUCAAAAUAUUUGUACCAUUACUUAUCUCCAGUGAUUAAUUUUAGGAAACAAUGCUGAAGCAUCAAGUGUGUAUUCAUCAGAGAUCAUGUAAUUACAUCACAUAACUUCACUAAUGGAAAUGAAUGUUCAACUCAAAUAAAUUGUGCAUUUAUAAAAUUACUUAAUAAGCUACUGAAGUGUGCUGUUAGUGAGAAAAAAAAUAUUUCAGAACUAUUUGAGCCUAUCAAAGCUCAGUUAGUUAUAUAACAAGCAGUUGGUGUUAACAGUUUGGGAGACUGAAGAAGGAGAAUGUAUAUCUUAAACACCCACACAGUCUAUAUCCCAAUACAUGUGCAUCUUCAUUCCUGAAAAUUCCUGCUUUAAACAUUUGUGAAUACUAAAAGCUCUAUGAUCCCACUUAAGCAACUCCUGUUCUGAACCUUAUUGAUCUCAAAGAUUUUUACUUUUUAGUAAAACAAAUGUGAUUUUAAUCAAAUCUCGAAGUGUUAGUAUGUGGUUAAACCAAAUACACCAUGUCUUAUUGUGUAGUUGAGUUUGGAUCUGUAAGGGGAGGUAGCAUAAACUUGACACUAUCUAAUGUUACAAACCAAAAAUUACAAGUCACUCUCUGUCUUCUGAUAAGUAGCUGAAACAAAACUAGCCUCUUCAGGUCCUAACCACAUUCAAAAUCCUCAUCAGGUCUUCUUACCAGAACUAAAAAUUUAAAAUAUUGUUUUGGCAGCACAUAUUAAACACCACUUGCUACUUAUAAAGUCACAUUUACUAUUGUAACUCUACUCAACAAGAAUGAAGUCAAGAUCCAUAUCUUUUAAUACAAUAUGGCAUGCAGUCAGAGACAUGUUGGGUGGUUUAGCAGUAACUUAUAACACAAGAACGAAUUUAGAUGUUUUAAACUUUUAUUUGUGCCGAACAAAUCAACUGUAUAGCAGACAGAAAUUAUUUCAGCAUUUGUUGCAAAGUAUUGCAAGGAAAAUCGAUAAAAACUGAAAUGUUCUAGUGAAUCAGAUCAAGCUUUGUCUUUUAAUUAAUUGUGUAACUGGAUUGAGAAAGAUGGAGCUACAACAUUAUUCAUACCAUAGAAUACAGAGAUCUAAGAAACCACUCUCAUUUCAAAGCAGUUUGUGACCUCAGUGACUUUAUUUUUAUCAUGAACAAGUUUACUAUCUCAAUUAUCAAUAAGUGUUUUCAUUGGGUUUAUGAAAAUGAAAAGUAUAGAUCUUCAGUAUUCUGCCCUUAUAUUUUGCAUAACUUAUUAAAAGAGAAGAUUCAUCAAAAGACCUGAAAAAUAGCUACAAUAAAAUUCUCCUAUGUUGGACAUCAAUCAUUGACUGGAAAUAUUUUAAAGACUGUUUAAAGUGUGUUUCAUUUCUUGGAAGUAUGUCCUAUGCACAAAUAAGUCUAGGAUAAGUACCCAGUGAUGCAAAUUGUACAUCCAAUUCCAGGAAAAGGAGUACAACCCAGCCAGUUGUUUUACUAAGAGAAUAUACACUGUAUAUGAAUUUUCAGUGCACCAAGGACAUGUCUGGUUAAACUUGUACAAGACAAAUAAACUGAAAAUAUAUCACUGAUCAUUUGAUUGUUUAUCAUGAAGUUCAUCCAAUAACUUUGUCAUUUCUUUCCGAAAAAGCCUUUUGUAUUUAGGGGAAAGAGUUUGUAAAUCGGGCAGCACUCCAAGUAAGAAGCAUCUGUCUGAAUCUCCUUCAAUUCUGUCUCUCUCGGACCACCGGCAUUCACAACCGCAGACACAUUUGGUGUUGGUUUGGGUACCAGUCUCUUCAAAACCAUUGGAUUGGAAUUCUCCUACAGGAAAGCAUUCAUUGCUUUCUUCUAGUUUCACAGGAAGAUUUUGGUAUCCCACUGGAUCUGCUUCCGAAGGUACUUCCUCAUAAGUACCCUCAACAAAAAGCAUAUCCAUAUUUCGCUCAUUCAAACCUCGUUUUCUUUUAUGUAAGUGAGGUAACAAGAAAUGAAGUAAAUCUGCAAGGUAGUAUGGGCUUCUGGAAUUUGAUGUUCCUAAUUUCCUUUGUUCAUCCAUUCCACGCACACAUCGCCCAAAUGCUGUACGUAUAUUUUGCCACCGAGCUCUGCAGUGCUUACCACUAUCACCUACUUCAUUAGCAAUUUUUAACCAUGUUUCAUUUACUUUAUUUUUCAUAUAAUAUUCUGAAUGAUUGGAAUCGUACAGACAUGGAUAUUUCUCAACACAUUUAAUAAACUUUACAUUGAAAUCAUCUUCUCUUUUCCGAGCGGAAAAUAAAAGGUUAUCAGUGGAAUCUUGCAUGUCGUCGAAGCUUCAGAUUUUCGAACAGCCCGCCGGGUACAAAAAAUAAAUGCAAAUAAUAAUAGUUCAUGUCAUGUUUCAAAAAUUAACUAUGUACGAAAUGAAAAAUUCCUUAUAACUACUCUGGGGAUGGUGAUAGACCUAUAAAAUUUGCACAUAACCUACGAUCACCUACGACCCCCUGUCAGCCCUCCACCCACACUGGCCCUCAGCUUUUU